GGGCUCUGCGCGUCGAUGCUGCAGCGGAGGACGGAGGGGCGGUACCCCGAACCGAGGCGCGGCACGGCGAGGGCGCUGUUCGUCGUCAGAGGCGACCGCCGGCCGUCGAACCCAGAGGCGCUGGUGGUCCGGGUGCAGGACUCCGGUCGGACACAGCUCCGGAGACAUGGCACUGGCAGGGCGGAGAGUGGAGGACGCGGGGGGUGCUGGCAGCAAGGCACGGACGCGCUGGACAGGAUGAUCACUCGCGCUCGGAUGCCCCGGCUGCCUUGCGCGGGCAGCGGGACCGUCGGGGUCGAGCCGGACGCGGCGUUGCGCACGCGUCAGACGGCGUCGGCGGAGCGAGGUGCCCCACCAGGGCUCGGGGUCGAGCCGGACGCGCCGUUGUAUACGCGCAAGACGACGGCGGCGGCAGACCGAGGAGGCCUGCCAGGGCCGCGCUGGACGCCACCAACGGCCCCAGCGACGGCGACGCCGGCCAUGACACCCAUGGGUGGGGCGCCAGCGGCACCGAGUACGCCGGCCUCGGCAGCCAUGACGCCGGGCCGGCCGGUGUGGCAGAGGAGGAUACUGAUGGGGAUGCGGUGCGAGCUGCCGCGGUUCAGCGGGCUCGUGCUGUACGACGAGCACGGCCGGCCCAUCCAGGUCGGCACCCCGGGCAGAAGGAACCACCGCCAGGGGAAGAAGAAGACUGCCAGGACAUCUUCCACCACAACUCUCAGGGACCUCUUAUAGGCUAGAGCUAGCUGCGAUUCAUUGACAGAGAAUGCUUCUCUGUCGAAUGCUCUGUUGUAAAGCGGCAAAUACUUCUCAUGCGAGUAUAUCAAUGUUCUAGUGUCGAGAAAUUGUUUGGAGGCCUUCACUGUAACAUUGCAACUUACUACAUUGUUGGAAAAAUUGAUGAUAGGGCGCGGACGCUGAUGGGCCAUCUA